UCCGUUUUGGAAAAUUUUCCCGAUUUGUUUUUCUAGUAAUGGUGGACGCUACUUGUGCAUAACACUGUUACAAGAACACAUAUUACGUUAUAUUUUAAAUUACUUUCCGCGUAAUGGUUUUAUGUUGCGCAUAGUGCACUGUGCAGACGCAGACCGCGCUAAUCAGGAAAAGAGUGUCGACAAUCCAGAAGUUAUGGCAAUGCCAGUUUUUCUUGUUGUUGCUACCAAAUUUAAGGCCUUACCAAUACCGAUCCUAGAAUUUAGCUUGGGUAAGGACAAAAUGCAACGUUUAUCAAACGCUGAAGAACUUACAAAUGCAGUUGCUGCUGUGCAAAAAGCGGCACUAACUUGUAAUGGACUCGCACGUACAAAUAUUGCUGGUCACAACGAGGUUGUGAUGGACUUAUGCCAACCGGGCGAAUCAAAUCCCCGCUACACAGUACAUGUACUAGGCCAACCACCGACAAGGGGGUUGGGUAAAUUUGCUGCCUUUAUAGUACCUCAGGGCAGGUAAAUAAAAAUAAUUUUCCACUUAAUUUUAUACAUAAGUAUAUGUACAUACAGCACAUUUGCUGCAAACUCGAUAAAAACGGCAUUAAAAUUU